GCACUGCUUUUCCACUCACAAAGCUUUCCCCCUGCAGAUGGGGACCUGGGGCUCAAACCUGGGUCCUUGAGCAUUGUAACAUGUGAGCUCAAUCAGGUGUGCCACUACCUGGCCCUUGGGUAAUUUUUUUUUUUUUUUAGUGAUAAUAGUUCAGGACUUUAAGAGACUAUUCAAUAGCAAAGUUACUUUUUAAUUUCUGCUAAAGCAAAAUUAAGUAAUAAUAAUGCUUACCUCUGUGGUCUGAAGGCUGUUUUCCUUCCAAACUCACACAUUGAAAUUCUAUGCCCUAAUGAUGAUAAUCUUCAUGAUUUUAUUAGGAGGUGGCUCUUUGGAUGGUAUUUAGGGGAUAACAGCGAAGUAUUCAUGAAUGGGAAUAGUGCUGUUGUAAAAUAAAUACUGGAGAGAUCUCUAGUACUUUCUACCAUCUGAGGACAGAGCCUCAGGGUACCAGAGAAUUCUCAGGAUGGAUCUCUGAAGCACAAAGUACUCCAUUCUGUGGAUGGAACAAAUUCAUUGCAGUCAGGACAGGACUAGAGAGAACCAUGCUCUCUUUGAGCUGGAUGUUUCUUUGGAUUGCCUCAGGGGAGAAGAUUACAGCAUUUAAUCUUUCUGAUUGUGCUACAAAAAAUAUUAUUUGGACAUACUCUGCAAGCAGAGAGGAAACGUUUAUUUUAUUCUGUGAUUUAAGUAACUACAUUGAUAGUAAGAAACUAUCUGAUGUGCAAUGGUAUCGACAAUCUCAAAUGGGAGAAUCGUUAGGUGAAAUUAUCGACAACUACCCUCACAUCAGCAAACACAACAGAGACCUUCAUUUUACAACCAUAGGAGUAAAUGAUUCUGGGUCUUAUAUUUGUAGACCCAGGAUUAGGACGUCCCAGGAUGAGGCCUUUUGUGCUAAGACAGUCUUAGAAGUGAAACUCAAGACAAAUUCAUCCUGCAAGAACCAUGAAUCACACAAGAUAAGUCUUCUUCUUGCAACCACUGACUACAUUUAUUGCCCUUGUCUCAGCCCCCAUGGGGACGUUUCAAAUCCAAAGGUGACCUGGUAUCAAGAUGGAAAACUAAUAUCUAAAGGAAGGAAGAACUCAUUCUUAAUUAAUGAUGUAUACACAGAACAUACAGGUACAUACAGAUGUGACUAUACUCAGUCAGAUAAUUCAAGCUCAUGGAUUGUCAGAGCUUUCAUUCAAGUGAUGACCUAUGAGAGAGACACUGAUCUUAGACCAGAUAUUCUGGAUCCCAUCAGUGACACAUUGGAGGUGGAGCUAGGAAAGCCUCUAACUCUUAACUGUACUGUACAGUUUGGCUUUGAACAGAAACUGAAACCUGUGGUGAGAUGGUACCAAGAUUUUGGCCAGGGGUGGACAGUCUUGGAAUCUGAGGAGAAAUGCCCUGAAUCCACCAGAGAGGAGCUGAGAUUCAAAUGUGUUGUCAACUUGAAAGAAGUGACUUGGAAUGAUCUUAAUGGGAAGUUCAUUUGCUUUGCUCAAAAUUCCGUUGGCAAUGUUACCCGGUCCAUCCAGCUAAGACCUAAGGAAAGAGUGGUGUUGAUAUACGUCCUCCUCAGCACAGCCGUGACCCUGGCUGGUGUGUUGACGGUGUGCGCUCUCCUCUACACCUACUGGAUUGAAAUAGUGCUGCUAUACCGAACCUACCAGAGCAAGGAUGAGACACUUUGGGAUAAAAAGGAAUUUGACGCUUUCAUCUCCUAUGCAAAAUGUAACUCUUUUGAGAGGGAGACCACUUUAUUUUUGAGUGAGGAAAGCUUGGCUCUGAAUCUAUUCCCUGAAGUUUUGGAAAACAAAUAUGGAUACACUUUGUGUCUGCUUGAAAGAGAUGUGGCCCCAGGAGGAGUGUAUGCAGAAGAUGUUGUGAGCAUCAUUAAGAAAAGCAGAAGAGGAAUAUUUAUCUUGAGUCCCAGCUAUGUGAAUGGACCUGGCCUCUUUGAGCUACAGGCAGCAGUCAACCUUGCCCUGGAUGAUCAGAUGCUGAAACUCAUUUUAAUUAAGUUUUGUCCUUUCCAAGAGCCAGAGGCCUUACCUCCUCUAGUGAAAAAAGCUCUCAAGGUUUUGCCCACAGUCACUUGGAGAGGUUCAAAAUCACUUCCUCUUAAUUCCAGGUUCUGGAGUCAUUUGCAUUACUAUAUGCCUGUGAGAAAUACUGUUAAAUCCUAAUCCAACUUUCUAUUUCUAUUUUCUAUUUUCCCUAUUCUCAGCUCUGACACCAUCUUUCCAGACAACAUUUUUAAGCUAUCUGCAUGUUAGUUAUCAAACUCAGGCAAAAAUUACCAAAGUCAAGGGCCCCUUGGCACAUACUUAAAAUAGACUUCCUAGCUUCUUCCUACCCAGAGACACCUAAUUUCAUCUGCUAUAUUCCUAUCUUUGGGUUCCUGUUUCUUAAGAAAUUUGUCCUGCUUUAUAUAUUACUACCUUUCAGCCACCAAGCUGCAGAUAGUACUAUGAUGCCAUCCUAACUUCCCUGGGCAGACAACCUCAUCAAUAUGUCCUGGAACCUCACCUCUUUAGAGCCCUACCCCACUAGGGAAAGAUAGGAACAGGCUGGGGGUGUGGCUCCACCUGCCAAUAUCCAUGACCAGUGGAGAAGUAAUUACAGAAGCCAGACGUCCCACCUUCUGCACUCUAUAAAGAAUUUUGGUCCAUACUCCCAGAGGGAUAAAUAAUAGGGACGCUUCCAAUGGAGGGGAUGGGACACAGAACUCUGGUGGUGGAAACUGUCUGGAAUGAUACCCCUGUUAUCUUAUAGUUUUGUUAAUCACUAUUAAAUCACUAAUAAAAAUUAAAAGAAAAAAGAAAUGCAUUUAUAAUAAAUUGAC